UUCUUUACAUUAUGUCACGUGUAGUGACUGGUUUCAAUGCAGCUAUGUAUUUCCUACUUCCUCUCAGCAUGUUUGAGAUUGGAGAAGAUUUAUUAUUUUUUUUAAAAUUUUAGUUCAAUUUGCAUGCAGGGAAUGUUCAAUUUGAACAUUCACAUCUUCAACAUCUCUCAUUGUGAAGAUAACAAGUAAACUUAAUUUUGCCAACAACAGCAAAUGCAAUCUUGGCAGGUACACUCAAGAUUUCUUAGAGAGACAUUAUUUUGGGCUGGAGUAGAGGGUAGAAAAGACAGAUCAGACAUAAUGGUGCACUAAAAUGGAGGGAACAGUCUGGGAGCGUCUCGGGAGACGGGUGAGAGGACAAGGUGAAGGGUCGUGGGGCAGGGAAACGGCCCAGCUGUCUCUUUAAAAAACGACAACAGCCCAAACCGACCUCGGCGUCAGCCUCGGCUAUGCUAAUAAGGUUAGUGCUGGUUGGCUGGCCGUCUGUGGAACUGCAUGUGAUUGGAGGCUGCUCGUGGGGGAGGGGCUGGGCGUGGAUGACAGCUGGGAUCCAGCCAGCCAAGAGCAGGCUGACAGAGAGAGAGGGGUGAAAAAAAGCGGUAGAGGGAGCGCAAGGCGAGAGAGAGAGAGAGAGAGAGGAAGACAGGCUGGCAGACUUCAUAAUGCAAGGUAUCCGACCCCCUAUCCUGAACGGGCCAAUGCACCCGCGGCCCCUGGUAGCCCUGCUGGACGGACGUGACUGCACUGUGGAAAUGCCCAUCCUCAAAGAUGUGGCCACAGUGGCCUUCUGCGAUGCCCAGUCCACACAAGAGAUUCAUGAGAAGGUGCUAAAUGAGGCAGUGGCCGCUCUGCUGUACCAUACCAUCACUCUCUCCAGAGAUGAUUUGGAAAAGUUUAAAGGCCUACGUGUAAUUGUCAGGAUCGGCUCAGGCUUCGACAACGUUGACAUCAAAGCAGCUGCUGAGCUAGGCAUUGCUGUCUGCAACGUGCCAGCUUCCUCAGUGGAGGAGACGGCCGACACUUCACUAUGUCUGAUCCUUAACUUGUACAGGCGAGUCACCUGGAUGCACCAGGCCCUCAGGGAGGGAACCCGUGCCUCUAGUGUGGAGCAGAUCAGGGAGGUGGCUGGUGGAGCUGCUCGUAUCCGGGGAGAGACAUUGGGCAUUAUUGGCUUGGGGCGCGUUGGCCAAGCAGUGGCUCUGCGGGCCAAGGCCUUUGGCUUUGGCGUCAUAUUCUAUGACCCCUACCUGCCUGAUGGCGUGGAGCGUUCACUAGGCCUGCAACGCAUGGCCACCCUGCAGGACCUGCUCAUCCACUCGGACUGUGUAUCUCUGCACUGCAGCCUCAACGAGCACAACCACCACCUCAUUAAUGACUUCACCAUCAAACAGAUGCGUCAGGGAGCCUUCCUGGUGAACACGUCAAGAGGCGGUCUGGUUGACGAGAAAGCACUGACGCAGGCCCUGAAAGAGGGCCGGAUACGAGGGGCCGCUCUGGAUGUCCACGAGACAGAACCCUUCAGUUUUUCAACAGGGCCUCUGAAGGAUGCCCCCAACCUGAUCUGUACCCCGCACACAUCCUGGUACAGCGAGCAGGCCUCUGUGGAGGCUCGCGAGGAGGCAGCCAGGGAAGUUCGGCGCGCCAUCACUGGGCGCAUCCCUGACAGUCUGAAGAACUGUGUGAAUAAGGAAUACCUGAUGGCAGCCUCUCAGUGGCCGAGUAUGGAGGCAGCCACUGUCCACCCAGAGCUUAAUGGAGCCACUUACAGAUUUCCUCCAGGUCUGAUCAAUGUUGCAGCAGCAGGGGGUCUCCCUGGAGCUGGCACAGGGGUCGAAAGCCUGGUUUCAGGAACCCUGCCGCAUGGCAUCGCCCCUGUUUCUCACCCUCCUCAUGCCCCCUCCCCGGGGCAGCCUACCAAGGCCGAAGCCGACAGAGACAUCCCCUCUGACCAAUAGCCCCUCCUGCCACCGCCAGCACAUUCCGUCACCUCUGGAAACCACCCCCACCCCCCAACAUCAGACACAGCCCACGACCCUCGGAUACAUCGGGCAGCACCAUUUUGACCUGACGUGGAUCAACACAGUCUUGUUUCUCAGAUCACAUAACCAGCCCAGGAGUGACCCAUCCCCAGCUACCCGCAUCCCACUCACAUCCCUCCAGAACACACACACAUCCCUCCAUCCAAGUCCUCAUGUCAUCCACUGACCCACCAUCACCUCCUCACAACGUCAGCAAUAACUCUGUUCUCAAGGAUUCAAGGAUUGGAUUAUUUCGUUAGUUGGCUGUUGUUUUAAUGAAAAGUUGUUCUGUUGUGGUUCUAGGUGUUAAUGUUUUUGUUCGUUAAAAAAAAACAAAAAAACAAAAAAAAUAAGCAUUUCUGACAUGAGGCUUUUACAGUCUCCAGUCCCUCUCUGACCAGUAGAGGCAGAGGCAGAAAGUUUGAAGCCCCCCCUUUGUACAUUAAUGGCUCAUGUUACUGCUCUCACUUUCUUCUUUUCUUUUUUCUCUCUCCUCCUCUGCGUUUCUUGGGGGAAAAUUUGUACUUAAGUAAAUCAGACAGAAUCCCAACCAGUACAUCCUGUCUCUCCCCAUCAGGCAUCAAGCCACCCCUUAGCCCAGUUAUGCCCUGAGUUCUUCCCCUGGUACUGUCGUUGGCUUGGUCAGCAGGGGGAUUUAUAACGCUGUCAGUGCAGAGCGCUCCCAGACCUUUAAAGUGUUUUAUCUGCUCAGCUCAUGGUGUUUAGUUAACAGCCUUGAUGUAGUGAGAUACAAGAUCAUUUGUCUCAGUUUUCUUGUUCAAGCCCUGUGUUUACAGGUUUUGUCCCCCACGGAUUGCUCUGUCUUGACACAAUGGCUGAAAGACUCAUAUCAAACAGCACCUAGGCAUGAAUUUCUAUCUCAUGUCAGCAGCCACAGCUGCGUGCUGGGUCUGUACACAUGGUUCACACGUAGUAUCAAAUGCAGCAGUUUUUUCUUGCUGCAAAAAACGGAAUCAUGGCAGGGGCCUCACCAGCAGAGGGCACUGUCUAACCGCUCAGAGCUAAUCCCAAACAGACAGAUGGACAGUUACGAGUUAGCUUUAGUGAUGAUCACACACUGCCGACAUUCAGAACACAGGAUGGGUGACCAGGGAUCGACUACCGCCUUAUUCUUUAAGAUCUCACUGCACCCCACCACCUCCACCACUCUGCAAUCCCUCACCCACCCUCCACUCUUCUCCCAGUGUCAUCACCGACCCCACACAUCUGCUCAUCAACCAGUAUGCAUCCACCAAUUCCUUUAAGCGGGAGGGGACAGUCGAGAUUAGAUUCCCUGUUAGAGCAAGGGGACAGCGUUUCUUGCAUGCUGGCUUUACUGAUGACAGUGGCGUGCGCGCAUGUGUGUGCGUGUGUUUGCGUGCCUGCCGGUGGUUUUGUGUGAGUGUUUGUAUGUUCCCUCACCCUGCUAUGAUAACAAGCUGUUGUCUUUCCAAAGGAAAAGUCCCUAGGAGUAACUCUUUAACGCUGUUGCCCUGGUGUCAAGGGAACACCUUUCUAGUACCUCAGUAACAGAUAUUGAAUGUACCGUGCAUACCCUUUUAUUUUUUUGUACAGAUUUUCUAGAUACUUCUUUAUUGUUCUUCACCAGAAGGGUUGUGAAAUUGUAGCAGUAAUGAUACAAUAAAUAAAAAACAUUGCCCCGUGAAAUGAAUUGACAAACUCUUGUAGGUUCGCUAUAGGUCACUGAAUACUCAGGCUUCAAAACCAGUGUGUGUCUAUUUCCCUUUAGCUUUAUUUCCUCAUUGUGGAAAAUUCAGCACAACGCUUUCCCAUCAUUAGACUUCAGACUGUAGUUGCUGUGUUUCAACCUCCAACUUACUGGCAAAUGAAAAAUGAGGAAAAAGAAAAAAACAAAAGGCGGUCACCAUGGUCUGCUAGUUCUUAUUAGAACAGUAGUUGUAGAUGCUGUUUUGUUUUGUUUACCCCCUCUUUAUUGUCGAGCUGCUCUAUCUUUAGUGCAUGUGAGGUCAUUUUUUUUCGGGGGAAAUCCUAUUGGCUUAAAAAAUUGGUGUCAUCAUGCUGUUUCCCCUCUGCUCCCCGGCCUUCUCCCCCUUCAGAGUGUUCUCAACUCGAGUUGCCAUUUUUGUCGUGUCAGUUUCCAGUGAUGUACAGUUUUUCCCUCAGAGUCUGAGAGACAUGGAGCAUGUCCUUGUCCUGAGAUGCUAGGCUCCUCUGUCAUGUGAUGAGUAUAUAUUUUUAAAAAAAAGAUAACCCCCAUAGUUUGGAUUAUGAGCAUUAUAGUAAUCUUAAAUUUUGCUGUUGAUGAUGAUUAUAUAUAUAUUUUUUUCAGUUCAGCAGUGCACUGUUAUGAAAACCAUUCUGUUUUUAUUGUAGGAUUUUGUUUUUAUGAAUAUGCUGUCUGUGUUCUACAUGUUGUACUGAGACAUUUCAGAGAAAACAAGAGAUCCCUCUCCUGGUGAUUUAAAAAAAGAAUAUAUAUAUAUAAUUUGUCUUAUCCCAACUGUCCUUUCCAAGUGAUAUCCUCUGGGCCUUACUUAUUCUCUCCCUGUUAAAGUAGCUGUUAUAGAAAGUCGCCAUGGAACCACUCACUGCCUUAAUACAGUUGACCACAGCAGGGGAAGUCAGGAGACGCACCCAGUCACAAAGUACGGGCCACGAUCACGGCCACUCCGCAAAAAGCUCUUCAGACCCCGACAGGCCUAAAUCCGCAGCACCUUGCAUUUCUCUUUAGUAAUGAACCACAUUAAGCCUUGUUUUGACCAUUUUCGGAUCAUAACUCCAGUGUGAAUUCUUAAUGUGCAUUCAGGUUUAUUAUUAUCAUUUUUGUCUCUGAGCUUUUAAUAGUUAAGUCAGCCCGGUAGUGUACAUGCACAGGCUAAAAGAUAAGCACAGUGUGUAUGCUCACAAAGCCACAGCUGAUAUUUCACUCUUGGGUGUGAGAAUGCCCCUCCCUACUCACACACACACCACCACCUCUCUGUGGCACUUUAAGUGUCUUUCACAGUGCUGCCAUAGUGGGAGGGCAUCGCGGACACUGGUGUGGUCUUUCAAAGAAAAUAAAGAAAGGAAAAGGAAAAAAAAAAACAGAAAAUUCCGGUGAGAAUCGGUCACUAUUUCUCUCAGGGUUCAAAUGCACACAUAUCCUCCAGCAGUCGCCCUCUGUCUCGUGUCCCUCAUCCCAAGUUUUCUGCCCUCAGAAUGUAGAACAGCCUCCUGCGUUUUUUUCCCUUUUUUUUGGAUUUUUUGGAAACUCCUCACCCUCUCAAUCCCCCUUCGUGCACAGGUCUGAACUUCUUUUUCUGUUUUGCUUUCUUUUAGCACUGACAUCUAACCAUCUAACAAGGAAUGAAUGAAUGAAUGUUUGAAAGUGACUGUGUGUAAUGUUAAAAUUGGGAAAUGUAUUUUUACAACAUGUGAACAUUUUUUCCACUCACUCUCAUUGUGAUUUUUUUUUUUUUCUUUCACCAGACUGCAAAAAGAAAAAACAAACAAUGAAAAAAUGUCUCCUGUAACUAGGCUCUUAAGCUUUAUUUUUGUUUUGUUUACUUUUUUAUUAGAAACAAUCAUGUUUGUGAUGGUAACUUCCGAUGGUAAACUCCACACCGUAUUUUAAUAAAAUCUAAAAAAUUAAA